AUUCUACAAAGAUGGCAAAGUUGGAAGAAAGAUCUUCAUCUCCUGAGGAAAAUAACGAUUCCAAGAUGUUACUUUACUAAGCCUCAGCACGAAGGAAGUUCGCUGGAGUUACAUAAUUUCAACGACGCCUCAGAAGUGGGAUAUGGAUCCGUAUCUUACCUACGCAUCACUUAUCCAGAUGGAAAGAUAGAAUGCUCAUUCGUCGCAGGAAAGUCAAGAAAUGCGCCAUUAAGGACAGUUACCAUUCCGAGACUUGAACUCCAGGCGGCUGUCUUGGCGACACGUAUGGAUAAUGCUAUUAGAACGGAGCUGGACCUUGAUAUCAGAAGAGUAUUAUUCUGGACCGAUUCAAUGAUCACCCUUAACUAUAUCAACAAUGAGACGCGACGCUUUCAAACUUACGCCUCGAAUCGAGUCGCAGAAAUACAUGAGCUUACAACGACCGACCAGUGGAGAUAUUGCCCUGGGACUCUAAACCCUGCUGAUAAUGCAAGCCAGGGACUAGAAAUGCCGAAAUUCCUACAAAACGAACGGUGGUUGACUUAACCAGCAUUCCUUCUUCAACCAGAAGAAAAAUGGCCGGUGACGAAGCUACAGAACGUUCCUGAGACCUCGCUCGAGACAAAGAAAGAAAUAUACGCCAUCGAAGUCAGUCAUAUGAAAUCUUUGGAUUUUCUUAUUAACAAUACUUCCAAAUGGAUUAAGUGUUUACGAAAAAUCGCGUGGCUGCAGAAGUUCAUUCAAUAGAUUGAUGAAAAGCAGAAAAACCCGCAGUCACCAGACGUGGAGAAGAAAAUUACGCUAGAAGACCUCGAAAACGCAAGACGUAAAAUAAUCAAGCUCGUUCAAAGGCAAACCUUUAAUGAAGAGAUAGCAAAGUUAGUUAAAGGUCUUACGAUCAAAUCCAGCAGUCUAGCCAAACUAAAACCGACCCUUGACGAAGAAGCAAUUUUACGUGUUGGAGGAAGAAUUUCAAGAGCGCCAAUAUCCCGAGACGCUGCGAACCCAAUGAUAUUGCCAAGAAAACAUCACGUGACCAGAAUAUUUAUCCGGUUUCUGCACGAAAGAAACGGUCAUUGCGGGCACGAACAAGUUUUAGCCCUAUCGAGAGAACAUUGUUGGAUUCUAAAAGGACGCGCAGCGAUAAAGGAAGUUCUCAACGGAUGCACUAAAUGCAAAAAACGAACAGCCGUAAGACAAGAACAAGAAAUGGCAGAGUUGCCAAAGGCACGACUGACGCCGUAUGAGCCAGCAUUUUUUUAUACAGGAGUGGACUACUUUGGCCUGAUCUAUGUUAAACGAGGAAGAGGAAAAACAACCGAAAAACGUUGGGGAGUCAUCUUUACAUGUAUGAACAGCAGAGCAGUUCAUCUGGACGUAGCACGGUCAUUGGAGACUGAUGCUUUCAUCCUAGUUCUUAUCAGAUUUUUGAACAGAAGAGGGCACGUAAAAUAA